UUCGCUCGUUGUGAUUGCUCCGGUUUACAUCGGCCAAGUUCGGUUCGAUGAUAGUAAAGUAUUCUGUUUGUGGAUUGUUUUGAUUGGAAGAUAAAAGCUCGGAUAAGAGAAUUGUGUCAUAGCUGUUCUGUAAUUAUGCAUGAUAACAAAAGAAUCCAAUAGCUGGAUAGGUGAAAAAUCAGGUUGUUACAGUUGAGUGAGGUGGAAAGUUUCGUAAGAGCGAUAAACCGAAGUAAACGCAGUGCAGCACGAAAUGUCACUUCUUGUCGCACGACGUGUUGGCAAUUUAAUAAGUGUGCGUUACGCAAGGCUUUUGAGCACGCACACCACGCUGUUGGCGAAGGAAAAUUUCGACUAUGAUCUCGUCGUAAUCGGCGGUGGAUCCGGUGGCUUGGCCUGCGCCAAGGAAGCCGUGCAAUUCGGCGCCAAGGUCGCGGUACUGGAUUUUGUCAAGCCCUCCCCUCAGGGCACCAAGUGGGGUCUCGGUGGUACCUGCGUGAACGUGGGAUGCAUUCCCAAAAAGCUAAUGCACCAGGCUUCCCUGUUGGGUGAAGCUAUUCAUGAUGCGCAGCCCUACGGAUGGAAGUUUGCCGAUCCGGAAUCGGUAAAACACGAUUGGAAUGCUCUGACCGAGUCGGUGCAGAAUCACAUCAAGUCCGUCAACUGGGUUACUCGAGUUGACCUGCGGGACAAAAAGGUGGAAUACGUUAACGGGCUUGGACACUUCAAGGAUGCCCAUAACGUAGUGGCUGUGAUGAAGAAUCAAACCGAACGGGUGCUGAAUGCUAAGCAUGUAGUUAUCGCCGUCGGUGGACGACCCCGGUAUCCCAACAUCCCCGGAGCUGUCGAGUACGGAAUUACUAGCGAUGAUAUCUUCAGCUUACCAAAUGAGCCUGGCAAGACGCUGGUCGUUGGUGCUGGUUACAUCGGAUUGGAGUGCGCAGGUUUCCUCAAAGGAUUCGGUUAUGAUGCCACCGUGAUGGUUCGAUCGAUUUUGCUGCGCGGUUUUGAUCAGCAAAUGGCUACCAUGGUUGGAGAUGCUAUGAUUGAGAAGGGAAUUAAAUUCCUGCACAAAACUCAGCCACAAUCUGUUGAGAAGCAAGCCGAUGGUCGUCUACUGGUAAAAUAUCGUGCUGAUGAUGGCACCGAAGGAUCCGAUGUGUACGAUACCGUUCUGUUUGCCAUUGGUCGUACCGCAUGUACUGAAGACCUUAAGCUGAAUCAGGCUGGUGUUACCACUGCCGAAAGCGGAAAGUCCGAUAAACUCGAUGUGGACAGUUUCGAGGCGACUAACGUUGCGAACAUUUUUGCCGUUGGCGAUGUUCUGUACAAGAAACCAGAGCUGACGCCAGUUGCCAUUCACGCUGGCCGCCUGUUGGCCCGUCGAUUAUUCAAUAACCAAACUGAUAUCAUGGAUUAUGCUGACGUUGCAACCACGGUUUUCUCACCUCUAGAGUACGGCUGUGUUGGUCUGAGCGAAGAGGAUGCCGAAGCGAGAUUCGGCAAAGACAAGGUCGAGGUUUACCAUGCUUACUACAAACCAACGGAAUUCUUCGUUCCACAACGUAGCGUACGGUAUUGCUAUCUUAAAGCGGUUGCACUGCUGGAAGGCGACCAGAAAGUUUUGGGUCUCCAUUUCUUGGGUCCGGUUGCUGGAGAAGUUAUUCAGGGCUUUGCGGCUGCUUUGAAAUCUGGCCUCACCAUGAAGAUUCUUAAGAACACCGUCGGUAUUCACCCCACCGUUGCCGAGGAGUUCACUCGACUGUUGAUCACCAAGAGUUCCGGGCUGGAUCCCACUCCCGCUACGUGCUGCAGUUAAAAACUGUAAACUAUCACCAACUCGAACAAAACAUUUGCCUUUCGAUGCUCGUGUAUUGUUGUAUUAAUUAUAAUCACAGGACAGGUCCCAAUCAAAUUGGGACGCUUAUUACCUGUCGAUAGAACUUACCACUAAACUAGCAAACUAUUUGAUUAUUUAAAUCACGUGCUAAAUUGUAGGACUGCAUUGAACAUUCUAAAACAGGUAAGCAUACAAAGUUCUUGGAAUGCAAUGGGCUUUGCGUAGCAGUAUGUCACUUUUGUGUAAUUCUUAAUGUCACAAGAAAGAAGAUCAAUAAAAUCAUUAAGUAAGAA